AUGCCGCCUACCAUCCCUCAGCGCGGCGGGCCAAGCGGCCUUAAGCGAACGGGAAUCGCGGGGAAGACCAUCUUAAAAACAGGCGCGAAGCGUCAUCGAAAAAUCAUCGUGGACUGCAUUCGCGGUAUCACCAAGCCCGCCAUCAGGCGCCUUGCUCGGCGAGGUGGCGUCAAGAGAAUAUCCGGUGACAUCUACGACGAAGCGCGGCACGCCCUCAAAGCUUUUCUCACCACAGUCUUACGCGAUGUUGUCACGUACACCGAAUACAGAAAUGCCAAAACCGUAACGGCAAACGACGUUAUCUUCGCUCUCCGCCGAAUUGGUCGCCCGAUUUACGGAUUCGAUCCCGAUACUUAA